AAUGAUAGCCAGAAAGUUCAGUCCUGCUACAAACUCUACAUGUAGAUCUGGGAUCUAGUUCCGAGAACAAAUUAAUGAAAAAUGGCUCGAUUUCAAGAGGAUAACGAUUCAAUGUGUGAUGAAGAUGAUAUUUUCGACAGUGUUGUGAUGGCGGAAGAGAGAUGCCAAGCUGCUGGUUAUGAGGAUGGUUUUAAGAAAGGGCAGGAGUUGGGGAGAGAGCAGGGCCUAGUCAUGGGGAUGGAGAAAGGAGGGCAGAUUGGAGAUGAGUUGGGCUUCUACUUUGGUUUCAUUGUCACAUGGAGAGCUUUGCUGAAGAACAAACCUGAUGGUGACAAAGACGUCCCCAGGCCCUUGAAGAUCAUUGAGAGUUUAAUCGACAUCAUUAAAGAACUACCACAAGAAGAACCAAACAGUGUCAAGUACUGGGACAUAAUACAGAAGAUCAGAGCAAAAUUUAAGCAGGUUGCCUCAUUGUUGAAAAUCUCUGUCAACUACACUCCAAAGACUGAACACAAAGGUUUUUCAUUUUGAUCUCAUUUUGAUCUUGGUUUCAAAGUGAGGAAAAUGAGACGUCUACAUAAAUGGAGCUAAUCAUUUACAUGAAACCCAUGAUCUGAUAGCUACAUCUGAUCUGAUGUCUUUCUUGGCUGAGAACGUGCAUAGGGUGUGCUGGACCAAUCGUUGACAGGAUUCCAGUUUACCAACAUGAAGUCCUUCUUCGUGCGACACCAUUCUUGUUCUGACACCAUUCUUGACCUUGGUUUCUUACGGCUACCUAAAGGAAGGACCUAAAAUCUGCUAUGUGGAACUCUAAUUCUGAUAUUUCUCGGCUGUAUAGCAACAACUCCCUGAUUGGACCAGUCAUUGGACAUACUCUGAAGGCCCUGUUUCAUGAAACUUGUUAUCAAUAACAAGUUACAAUAACUGUUAUAAGCUACUGAAAUCCUGACAUUUGAUUGGCCGAGAGCAUAUAUGCCAUAGAAAUGUAGCAUUUGUUAUUGAUAACAAGUUUUAUAAUACAGGGUCUAGAUCAGCAAGGUGAAACUGUUAGUAUCACAUCUGCUUCUUUCUGAGCUGUUAAAGAGAAGGUUGAGUUCUGGGAAGAGGA